CGCGUAUAGAACCAAAAUAAACUUCUUUUUUCUCAUAUAGAAUCAGAUUAUACUUGUUCCCCUUCUCUAUCUCCUCGGAGGACGCAAAUUUCACGAUGAAUUCCAAGAUCAUUGAGAUUUUUCAGUGUUUGUGUUGUAUUUUAUGCGGUCAGCUAUACAGAGAAGCCACCACAAUUAACCUCUGCCUUCACACAUUUUGCAAAAGAUGCAUCUAUCAAGCAGUUCAAGAAACUAAGUGCUGCCCACAAUGCAAAUUAGACCUAGGUUCUUCACCUGAAGAGCAUCUCAAAAAUGACGAGAAAAUACAGUCCAUAGCACAGAAAAUUCAGCUCCUCCAAAUUGGAGAAGGACUACUGAGAUUAGAAGCUGAUGAUGUGAAGCAAGGAGCUGGAACUUCCAAGCCACCUGGAACUGAUAAUCAGCUUGAGGAUCAAGAAAUUUCUGGGGAGAAGUUUCACCACAAACCUGUGGAUGCAGAGAAAGAAAAUACCUUAGAUUGCACGUCCUCACAAGAAAGCUCAGCUUUCCCUACAAAUGCAUCUGCAGUUAAGAUGCCUCAGGUUGUUUGCAGUGUAGCAACAACACGUGCUGAAAUAGGUAAGUCCAUGAUAGAGGACAAUAUCAAAGAGAACAAGAAGAAAAAGAGGAGCAAGAACAGAAAACCACACCAGUUUACACGAGGUGAAACUAGUAAUACUGGGGAGGAAAACCGAGUUAUUGGGCCAGACGACAUUCAUAAAGAACAUGCCAAAAACACAGUCUCUUCAACAACCGAAAAGCAUGUUUUGGAAGAAAAACAAAGGGAACUUUCCUCUUUCUGGUUUUCUCUUGUACCACAGGGGGACAAGACCGAACUUAGAUUGCCUUCCCUUGAUUGGCCCAAUAUCCGUGGCAAGGGGAUGAUCACUGUAACUAAAAUCAAGAAGUACAUUGCACAAAAGCUAAAUAUGAAUGAUCAUACUGAGGUGGAUGUUGUAUGCUGCGGUGAAAAGCUGAACGGAGAUAUGACACACAAGGACAUUCAACUUCUAUGGAUGUCACACCUUCCCAGUUACGGAAAAAAAAAAAAAAAGUGGGACUUGAAGGAGGCGAUGAUUGAGCUAGGGUACAUCAGAAGCGAGAAGCCUGAAACUUCCCAAGAGAAAUAAGAAGUGUGGCGACUGGCUAUCAUGGUUUAAAAGAAAUGAACUGCCUCAGAACAGAUUUACAGACUUAUCAGUAGACAAUUUCUGUACU